AUGACUGGCUCACAAGACUUUUUCGGCAUUGACCACCAGACUUCUGGCAAUGGUUCUAUCACGCCCGGUGCACCAGUGCACAACAUUGCCCAGACUCCUAUCAUGGAGUCCGGAAACCCUUUCGACAAGCUGACGAUCCCAUCGGAAGCUCGUAACCAGCAGAUUGUUGGUCACCCGGGUGAAUCUGUACCUGACUCCCGGUUCAAGAUUCUUCUAGCCCUCGAUGGCACUGAGGCAGGUGAUCUUGCAUUUAACUACAUUAUGGGCAAGCAUGGAUUUAGUCCUAGGGAUUGCCACAUUUUCCUUAGCACAGUUCUUCCUGCGAACGUCCUGGGUGGUCCAUGGAUUUCUGGUCCUCUGACGAUUGACAGCAAGAAGCAGAACGAACUGCUCAAGCAGUUGCGCCAUCAGGCUGUUGAGCGCAUGAACCCCUACCGCAAGAAGCUGCAGGAGCGUGGCUAUGAAGUGACAAUGCACGUUCUUCACGGUGAAGCUCGUGCUUCGCUUCUUAAGGUCAUCAGCUACCACAAGUGUGACCUUUGCGUCAUCGGUAAGCGUAACCGUGGCUGGAAGAAGGGUUUGAGCAGCGGUACCGUUACAUCGUAUCUGGUGAGCCACUCUCCUGUCCCAGUCCUUGUUGUCAAGUAA